UAUGGUACCAACUUUACCAAACUAUUUCUUGGCGUUUCCGCGACCUUUGAAAAGGAAGAAAGCAGAAGUUAUGGGAAAAUCUUGCAGUCACCUUUCUCCACUUCCCAAUUCCAUGGCUCUCGAACUUAUUGCUCUCUCAACAACAAUAACUUUGAUUUCAUCUUGUUUGCCAUUUGCCAGCCCCUCCAAUUUCAGUUAUCCCGCGAUUUUCAAUUUUGGGGAUUCCAAUUCAGACACCGGCGGCCUUGUUGCUGGUAUUGCUUUCCCGGUGGGGCCACCCAAUGGACAAACCUACUUCCUCGAGCCGUCCGGCCGGCUCUGCGACGGCCGCUUGACCAUCGAUUUCCUCAUGGGUGUAAUGGGCAUGCCUUUCCUCAAUCCAUACUUGGAUUCUGUUGGUGCACCGGAUUUCAAGACUGGGUGCAAUUUCGCUACUGGGGGUUCUACAAUUCUUCCAGCCAAAGCAAUUUUUACUAGCCCGUUUUCAUUUGGAAUCCAGGUAGCUCAGUUCAUCCGAUUCAAGACUCGAGUCCACGAGUUACUAACACAAGAUGAGGAGUUACAAAAUUUCCUUCCCUUAGAAGAGUAUUUCAGGCUGGGGCUUUACAUGUUCGACAUUGGGCAGAACGAUCUAGAUUAUGCAUUCUAUUUGAACUCUGAAGACCAAGUUUUUUUUCGGAUCCCAACUAUUGUGCAAGAGUUUGAGACUGGAAUAAAGGAACUCUAUUAUCAAGGGGCAAGGAAUUUUUGGAUCCACAACACUGGUCCACUUGGGUGCUUACCUAGAAUAAUUGCAACAUUUGGUAAGGACCCCUCAGAUUUAGACGAAAUCGGGUGUGUGAGUUCACACAACAAUGCUGCUAAGCUUUUCAACACACAACUCCAUGCCGUCUGUGCAAAUUUCCAGGGACAGUUUCCUGAAGCCAGCUUGACCUUUGUGGACAUUUUCAGCAUAAAAUCCAACCUAAUAUCAAACUACUCUCAACUUGGUUUCAAACAGUCUUUAGCAGCCUGUUGUGGAUACGGUGGGCUGCCACUGAAUUUUGAUAAUAGGAUUGCUUGUGGUGAAACCAAGAAUCUGAAUGGAAGCUUUGUGACUGCAAAACCAUGCAAUAACACAGCUGAAUAUGUAAACUGGGAUGGUAACCAUUAUACAGAAGCUGCGAAUCUGUAUGUUUCUUCACAAAUUUUGACAGGGAAGUACUCCCAAUCACCUCUCUUGGCAGACUCACACUUUCUUGCCAGAUCCGAGUACUGACUGUAACUGGGAAAAAGAUGUAUUGAAGCCACAGGAUUGUGAGUUUUCCAUAGACAAUGAGUAAUGGGAAGGGCAUGGUGGGUUAAGAUUCAGUGCUGUGUGUUUAUUUGAGACCCGGCCCACAAAUGAGGAAAGAGAGAGGCUUUCUAACCA